AUGAAUGCUAACGGUGAUAUCUACAAUCCUGCUAUCAUUAACCGCCCGUCCCAGGAGUCGAGGCGUCGGAGAAGACGUAAUGGACUAGUUAACGGGACUCGGGAUCAGACUACUGGGGACAGCAGUUCAUUCGUCGUUACUCACUAUGAUGAUGAUGAUGAUGAUGACUCGCAUGGGACUGGGCAAAGUGUGGAUGAGCCUUUGGCAGCUAGUGGUGAUGAGACGAUCACACCCGAGCAACAGCGAGCAGAGCAAGGGCCACAAGAGCAAGGAUCUCACCAUCCUGUACAGCAACACCAACAGCUUGGACAGCAACAGUCAGGACAGCAAGAGCCAGAGUCCCAAGGGCAUGAGAUGCAACAGCUAGGACCACAACAGCAGUCAUCAGAGCUUCCACCACGUGAGCCCAUGCCGCGUGAGAGAGUUAUACCGCAGCAAGACCCAGGAGAACCUGCCUCCAUUUUAGCACCUAUGGCAGGUAGGGGGCAACCUGGAAGGAAUCGUGUUACGUUUUCCUUUGGACCAAAUGGAAUACAGCCUCGAGGAUAUACGUCUCGUAGGCCAACCGGCUCCAACCCUGCGUCGCCUGCGAAUCAGCAAGCCCAAUCAACACAAGGAAACCCCGAUAUGCCCGGUACAUUCCCGGUUGGAUCAGAGGAUGAGGGAAGGGAACAUUGA